CAGCGCAACCGCUUCAGAAAUUAUUCUCGCACAACCAAAAUGCCGAAGGAAAACAAACACAGUCGAGGUCGACGAGAAGAGAAGAAGCUAAAGAGGAAGAGGGACAAUGGAGAAGAAGAGCCGGUCUCCAAAAGACAGAAAUCCGAAGACCCCGCAGACGACCCCGAAGUCCAGAUUCUAGGUACAGACGAUGCGAUCCAACCAGAUGGAGAAGAAGGCGGAACUGCAGAACGACCAUUCUAUGGCAUGCUCGAGGAUGAAGAGCAGGAGUACUUUCGGCGAGCAGACGAGAUGCUGGACCUGAACGACUUUCCCUCGCCAGAAGACCGUUCACUCUUCCUUGCGAACGUAUAUCGAGAAGCAGAAGGCAAGGAGUUGAAGAUUGCAUGUAGUCAAUCAUGUUCAAGACUGAUGGAGAGGCUGAUAUUACUGAGUACGGUGGAGCAAAAGAAGAAGCUCUUUGAAAAGUUCGCUGGAAACUUUCCUCAUCUGAUACAGCACCGAUUUUCGAGCCACUGCUGCGAGACGCUGUUCAUUCAGUCUGCUCCUGUCGUCACAGAAGAACUCACAGCAGAUUACAAGAAGGAAGAUACGGAGGAAGAGGAGACAAAAGAGGUUGCUACCAUGGAAAGUCUCUUCCUACAAACUCUAGACGAGCUUGAGGGACAAAUGACCUUUCUCCUCACCGACCGCUUUGCCUCUCAUACUCUUCGAGUCCUCCUCGUCAUCUUGUCUGGUCGACCUCUCGAAAAGAGCUCUACCCGCACUCUGCUGCAAAGCAAGAAGAAAGAGAAGAUCACAGUCACAGGCUAUGAUUCUACACCUACGGAGCUCUCGCUCAACAAACGUGCUGUUCCUUCUUCCUUCCAAUUCGCUGUCGACAAGAUCAUCUCCGACACAAUCGCUACAAUGGAUCAAUCAUUCAUUCGAAUCUUAGCCACACAUCCCACAGGCAAUCCUACACUACAACUGCUCUUAGAAUUGGAACUUAUAAAUCCGAACUCGAAGAAGGAUGUAAAUGCUGAUCAGAAAACUAUCAUCUCUGCUCUUCUACCAGACGACAUUACAACCGAGAACAGCGAAUCGGCAACCUUUGUCAAUGGCAUCUUAUACGACGCCAUAGGUUCUCGGCUCUUGGAGACAAUAUGCGCCUUCGCUCCUGGAAAGCUCUUCAAGCAGAUAUACAGAACCGUCUUCAAGGACCGAAUAGCUGCCAUUGCAAGAAACGAAAUUUCCUCAUACGUUGCAAUGAGAGUACUGAACCGUAUCAGCAAAGAAGACCUCGAAGAAGCAGUCACAGCCAUCAACCCUCAGAUUCUGGGCUUGGUACAAAGAAAUCGGACAAUGAUCAUCAAGACACUCAUAGAGCGAUGCCAAGCACGAGGCGUCGAGACGGUUUCUCUAACUGCCUCCAUAGCAGCAGCCUACGACUCGGAUCCAUCUACUCUCGUCCUGAAAAUGGCAUGCAUAGACGACAUCUCCUCUCUCAACCCAGCACCCGUAUCAAUCACCACCGACGGCAGCGAUCCAAGUCCGACCCCAACCACACAACCAAAAUCCACGCCCUCCCAACUGCAUGGCUCCCUUCUCGCCCAAUCCAUGCUCUCGAUCCCCGGGCCCCCCGCAACUCUCAUCCAAAAGUCCCUCCUCGCCCUCCCCCACGAAACACUCCUCACCCUAGCCACAUACACAACGACCUCCCACAUCCUGCAAACGGCGCUCCUCCCCACGCUGUCAAACACCAUCCCAUUCCGCCGAAAAAUAAUCAACACCCUCCUCUUCCCCUCCUCUCCCUCCACGACAAACCCAAUCCUCCACCUCGCGCUCUCUCCAACCGGAUCCCACGUCCUCGACGCCCUCCUAACAUCCACCUGCGCCCCGACCGCAACCCACACCUCCGCCCCGCUCUUCAUCCUCGCCGAACGGAUCGCUUCCUCGCUACUAACCCACGAGCACGAGCUGCGCGACUCCUUCACAGGCCGGAUCGUGGUCCGAAACUGGAGUCUCGAUCUAUUUAAGCGCCGGCGCGGGGACUGGGUUAAGAAGGUGAAGGCGGCUGGAGCUGAAGCUGUUGCUUCGUUACCUUCUUCUGCUCCUACCGAGGAACUUCCCGAGAAGAAGGAUAAGAAGAAGAAGAAGAACACAUGGGGAACAGAUGUGGUAGAUCCAACAAAAUCAGCGAUCCAGCUCGCGAGAGAGAAGUUCGCUGUUGAGAAAGCGAUGAAGGGUGCUAAUCAGGGUGGUAGGGGUAAUAGGGGCAGUGGUGCUAAUGCUGGGGUGGUGGUUGCUAGCAAAUGAUGGGCAUGCCAUAGCUGAGAUG